AUGAAAGCAAAUAAUACUGAAAAUAAAAACGAAUCAAAGCAAGAAGUUCCUAACUCGAAUACGGGUGAUACAAAAGAUACAAAACAGGCAGUUUCUAACUCAAAUUCAAAUAAUAAUGAAACUCAAAAAAGAAGAAUUACACCAAUAGAGCUUUUUAUCGAAGAACAUGGAAAAGAAGUCAAAGAAAAGAAUCCAAACAUAAGUGAAGCUGAACUAAGAUUAAAAUACUUCCAUACUUUCCAAACUUUGCCAAUAACAGACAAAUCUGAAUACGUUUCCCGUGCUCAAAAAAUAAAUGAGGAAAGAUUUGCAUCUGAUCCAAAACCAACAAAUCAAAAUUCUCCAAGUACACCAGUUACCAAGGAAGCAUCGGAAUUAAAUAGUUUUAAGAAUCAAGUUAAAAACAAAGGCAAUCUUUUCGCAUCUCCAUUUGCAACAAAUAAUCCAUUGAGUCUUAAUUUACAUUUAAAUACAGACAUUAAUAAUAAGGCAAACGCAGAUACAAUCAAAAAGGAUGAAAACUCCAAAGAAGAAACAAAACAAAAUGACUCUAACUUGAAACCAAAUAACAACGAAGAAACAAGCAAAAGAGUUACUCCUCUUGACCUUUUCAUUGAAGAACAUGGAAAAGAAAUCAGAGCUAAAUAUCAAGAAUUUUUCGGUCUUCCUAUCCAAGAAGCGUAUACAUCCGAAUUCAAAAAAUUGACGGCUGAAGAAAAGACAAAUUACCAGCUACGUGCUUACAAAUUAAAUGAAGAAAGAUUUGGAGCAAAUACUCCAUCAGAUUCUCGAAUUAUUCAUAUGUCCAAACCUGACGCGACCAAAGGAUCAGAUUCAGGUAAUAAGUCAGAAACAGGUAAUAAUGUUAAUAAACCAACAUCCAGUACUGGAAAUGGUUUUGGAUCUGGAAAUGGCUUUGGAUCUGGAAAAGCUUUUGGAUCUGGAAAAGGUUUUGGAUCUGGAAAAGGCUUUGGUACUGGAAAUGGUUUUGGUAAUGGAAAUAGAUCUAUUACUGCAAAUGGCUUUGGUACUAAAAAAGUUUUGGGCUCUAAUUUUAUGUCAAAACUUAGAAGUGGAGUUGAUAAUAAACCAACACUUAAUGAUGGAGUUGAUAAUAAACCAACACUUAAUGAUGGAGUUGAUAAUAAACCAACACUUAAUGAUGGAGUUGAUAAUAAACCAACACUUGGUGGAGGACUUGGAAAUAAGCCAACACUUGGUGGAGGACCAGAAAAUAAGCCAGCAAUUGGAGGAUUUGGAAAUAAGCCAGCACUUGGUGGAGGACUUGGAAAUAGGCCAGCACUUGGUUAUGGAUUUGUUAAAAAGCCAGCACUUGUUAAUGGUGAUACUGGUGCUGUAAAUAAUUUUGAUACUGGAUAUCUCUAUGGAAACAGCCCUUGGGCUGUCGAUGGUCUUUUAAGAUGCAAAUUAAAUCAGCAAAGAACACAAUCUGAAAAGAAGUUGAUCUCUUAUAUUGAUCUUUUCAUUGAAGAACGAGGAGAAAAAAUAAAAGAGAAAUAUCCAGAUUUAUCAGAAAGUGACCUCCAUUCAAAAUACAUCAAAGAAUUCCAAGCUCUACCGGUUCAAGAAAAAGUUAAGUACGUUUCUCGCGCUGCAAUAUUAAAUGAUAAAGUAUAUAGCCACAAAUCUUCUAAAGAUUCUGAUGAUUCUGAUAAUUCUGAUGAUUCUGAUGAUUAUAAUGAUUAUAAUAGUAAUUCUGAGUCAACAUUAAGUGACUCAACUGAUGACCCACCAGUCGACACGGAUGCCUUGGCCCUAAUUCCUGCAUAUUCUCCUGGAACUGGAACCAGCGCUAAUACUUCUCUUGGAACUGAAUCUGGCUCUAAUACUUCUUUUGCUGGUCGUGGACUUGGUGCUUCUACAAAAAUUAGUGGUGGACUUAGUGCUUCUACAAAAAUUGGUGGUGGACUUGGUGCUUCUACAAAACUUGGUGGUGGACUUAGUGCUUCUACAAAAAUUGGUGGUGGACUUAGUGCUUCUACGAAAAUUGAUGGUGGACUUGGUACUCCUGCAAAAAUUGGUGGUGGACUUGGUGCUUCUACAAAAAUUGGUGGUGGAUUUGGUGCUUCUACAAAAAUUGGUGGUGGACUUGGUGCUUCUACAAAAAUUGGUGGUGGAUUUGGUGCUACUACACAUAUUGGAACUGGAACUGGUUCUAAUACUUCUCUUCGUACUGGAAUUGAUGCUAAAAUUAGCAACAAAGGUGUGGAAAUGUUUAUCAAAGUCAGACAAAGACAUGAUGACUCUUUACCAAGACAACAAUUAAUAAAGUUAUAUGGCAAUUUGCCUCAAUCGAUUCGUCGUGAUUACGAAGAAAUUGCAGAGAUGCUUAACCAGAAAGAAAAUGAACAACCAAUUGAAGGAAAAACAUCAAAUGUUAAAACUGCCACCAAAGAAGAUCCAAAGGAAGAAAAAAUCGUUAAGCAACAAAAGAAAGACAAGAAGCAUAAGAAACACAAAAAAGAAUCUUCAUCAAGUUCAGAUGAUGAAAGUUCAAAGGAUAGAAAGAGAAAGAAACAUCGGAUUACAGUCAUCAACGUUUACCCAACACCAAAUCAGUUUAUGUAUCCGUAUUUCAAUCAGCAAUUCUUCCCCCAACAAGCAAGGCCUCCGAUCCGCAGAUUCUCGUCUUCUUCUUCGACAUAUUCCUCGUCAUCAUCGGACUAA